AUGGAGUACAAGCCCUUUGACUUUCCGGUGUCUGAAACACAGAUGGCUUUUCCUUCAAAGAAACAAUGCGUCAGCAAAGCAGCGGAUCUAGACUUCAGCAAAGACCCCAAUUUUAACUUCAGCUCAAACGUUCCGGCAGAUGGUGUCUUCAAAGCCACAAACCAAGGGUUGCCUAAAUCUGCCAAGAAAGUGGAACCACUUUCGAAGAAGACAGCUACAAGAGGACCUCUGAACAGAUACAAACUAGAAGCAGAGCUGAAGACCAAGAAUCAGCUGUUAGAAACAGCCAAACAACAGCUACAUUCCAGACUAACAGGAGCACAGGGCACUAUAAAGGAGUUAAAGGAGGAGAACGAAGGCCUGGCACAAGAAGUUGAGAAGCUCAAGAAAUUUCAGGAGACUUGCAUGAUGAUUUUGGAAAGCAGAAACAUUGAUCCUGUUACAGGCAGCAACAUUCUGGAGGAGGAAGAAAAGUUUUUUUUCCAGAAGCAAACAACACUGUUAACAGAGAAGCUGAUAGAAGAACUGAGGCUAUUUAAUCAAACAGCUGCAAAAGAAAAGGAGGUGCUUCAGCUUAGGCAGACCAUGACAAAGUUCUGUCAAGAGCAUCUGGCUCCGAAGGCCCAACAGAUUGACCAGGAAAAUGAAUUCAAAGGCAUGCGGGAGUUCUGGAAGAAGCUGGGGGAACUGGGAGUUCUGGGGAUCACAGCUCCUGUGGAAUAUGGUGGAUCUGCUCUGGGGUAUCUGGACCACGUGCUGGUGAUGGAGGAAAUUUCUCGUGCAUCAGCAGCUGUUGGGCUUAGUUACGGUGCCCACUCAAACCUCUGUAUCAACCAGCUGGUGCGUAACGGCAGUGAGGCCCAGAAGAACAAGUACUUGCCGAAGCUGAUCAGCGGGGAGCACAUUGGCGCCUUGGCAAUGAGCGAACCCAAUGCUGGAUCUGAUGUUGUGUCCAUGAAGCUGAAAGCAGAUAAGAAAGGAGACUACUUUGUUUUGAAUGGGAACAAAUUUUGGAUCACCAAUGGGCCGGAUGCAGAUGUUCUCAUCGUUUAUGCGAAAACUGAUGUUAAUGCUGUUCCAGCCUCCCGAGGUAUAACUGCGUUCAUUGUGGAGAGGGGAAUGCCAGGUUUCAGCACAGCCCAGAAGCUCGAUAAGCUGGGAAUGAGAGGGUCUAAUACCUGUGAAUUGAUCUUUGAGAACUGCAAGAUCCCCGCUGAAAACGUCUUGGGGGCACUGAGCAAAGGAGUCUACGUUCUGAUGAGUGGAUUGGACCUGGAGAGACUCGUGCUGUCUGGUGGGCCGUUGGGGCUCAUGCAAGCUGUUCUUGACCACGCAAUUCCAUACCUGCAUGUAAGAGAAGCGUUUGGACAGAAAAUUGGCCACUUCCAGCUCAUGCAGGGCAAAAUGGCCGAUAUGUACACGCGGCUGAUGGCGUGUCGGCAGUACGUCUACAACGUGGCAAAGGCCUGUGACCAGGGCCACUUCAAUGCGAAGGACUGCGCUGGAGUGAUCCUGUACUCCGCAGAGUGUGCUACCCAGGUGGCCCUGGAUGGGAUUCAGUGUCUGGGUAAAAAUCACUUGUGGCUUUUCUCUUACGGUUACAUCAACGACUAUCCCAUGGGGCGCUUCCUGCGCGACGCCAAGCUCUACGAGAUCGGGGCAGGCACCAGCGAAGUGCGCAGACUUAUCAUCGGCAGGGCCUUUAAUGCUGCUUUUAAGUAA